UCAAGAAGCUUCAAGUGCCUUCGGCGUGAAGGUGCAACGUCUAUGUAUUACUGUGUCCCAUUAUGUGACACAUCCUCAAGGUUUAAUUCGGUGGUUAGUUUCCAUACUUUCCCUUUGGACAAGGAAACAAGUAAAAAAUGGAUUCACUAUAUCCGACGUGAGGAUUUUAAUAUCACUCCUAACACAAGAGUCUGCAGUCGUCACUUCAAGAGUGAUGAUUUGAUCGAGCCAUCGACUCCCACAGGACGCCGGCUACUGAAGAAAGGUGCAGUGCCCACUUUGUUUGAGUGGAACAACUACUCCGCUUCAGCACCAAGGCGCACCAGGGCAUGGCUGAGGAGAGAAGUUUCCCCUCCACUGAACGAAGAUCCUGUGCCUGUGGACCUCCAGCAUGAGGAGCAUGAUUAUUGUUCAUUUCCCGUUCCUGCGGCUGUCGAUCUUUCUUUAGAUCAGACUGAAGAUCUCCGAAAGGAAGUGGAACAACUGAGGAAACAGGUGGAAGAACUGUCUGUCCGUCACAGAUUUUGCUUGGGCAGAUUUGCUGCAUCAGACGAUGACAUACGGUUCUACACUAGGUUUGUGACCCACAACAUGGUUCGUGUGACCAGAGCAAGGGCAGCUACAACUAGGAGUGAAGGUGGAGCAUCAGGCAAUGCAUCUGGUCAAUGCCUGCAGCCCAUAGAUGAGUUUUUUCUCUUCAUGGUUCAUCUCUCAGUUGGUCUGACACAAAGGGAUCUGGCUCACAGAUUUGAUAUUCAUAAGUCCACCGUGAGUCGAAUUAUAACAACCUGGGCAAAUUUUCUUUAUACCGUUCUUGGAUCAGUGCGCAUCUGGAUGUCUGAGGAGGCGGUCAAUGCUCACAUGCCAAAGGAGUUCCAGGACUAUCCAGACACACAAGUGGUGAUCGACUGCACAGAGCUGCGGUGCCAAACUCCAUCCUCUCUCCUGCUUCAAAGUGAAGUGUUCUCCUCUUAUAAAUCCCACUGCACCUUCAAGGGGUUAAUUGGCAUGACACCACAUGGCGCAGUCACCUUUGUGUCAUCCCUGUAUGCGGUCUGGGAUUGUGUCUCUGCUGAAACCUGA